CCAUACUGCCACACAGUCAACAUCACAUGACUAGCCUAAUAAAUGAGUUAAAACUACAAAUGAAUGAUUUGUAUGUCUUUUGUUUAUGUGUAGUUUUUUGGAAAAAAAAGUUACAGUUUAAAAAAACAGUGUGGCAGCGGGGGCGUGGUCAAGCAUCUCUCCGGAGAGAGAGAAAGCGGUAAGGGCGCUUGCACCUGAGCUAGAUCAUGUCUAACACCUGUCUCUAAUUACAGAGAGCACGGGGAGAGCGGCAUAAAAGAGCCACACCGCCAGCAGACGUGGAGAGAGAGACUGGCACAAGGAAGGCCACAGUGCUACAGAAGCUGUUGUGAUUAUUGUGUUAUGAAUUUAAAGUGUUUAAGUAACUAUUUGCCUGUGAAGCUGAUGUGUUUAAAUAACUCUGUGCCUGAGAGACUGUUGAGUUUGUGAAACUGUAAGCAUCAAGGUGGCGAAAUUAAACGCUUACCUGAACCUGGAAACCUCGCUUCCCUGUUCUCCUUUCCACUGAAGAGUGUUACACUGGUGCCGAAACCCGGGAAACAUUUUGGUUGAAGAUGGACGGAAGUCGCCCCGUAGAGUCCUCCCAGUUGGCUGAGAUCCUCCAAGCCCUCGCUAGCCUACAUCGGAACCACCAGCAAACCCUGCUUGAGCUCCGGCAAGAUCAAGAUCGCCAGUUUGUGGAGCUCCUACGCGCUCAGGCGAUCCGGAGCCUCCUCAGCCAGGAGGCGUCCCCAGCCGCGACCCCGGACACUCACAUGCCAUUGCCCCCGCCUGCGCUACAGAAGAUGGGGACGGCGGACGACCCAGAGGCGUUCCUGGAUUUGUUUGAGCGCACCACCGAGAUCCGGGGCUGGCCGCUCGGUCAGUGGGCGGCCCGACUUAUUCCGCUGUUGUCCGGGGAAGCCCAGCUCACGGCUCAAUAACUGCCGGCGAUGAGCCUCCUGGCUUAUGGUGACCUGAAGAAAGCCAUCUUGCAAUGGGUUGGUCAGAGUCCGGAAGAGAAUCGUCAACUCUUCCGGAGCCUGAAGCUGGAGAACUCCGACUGCCCGUUUGCCUUCGUCCAACGGCUCCGCGAUGCCUGCCGAAGAUGGUUGCUAGCGGGGGACUGCGGCAUCGAUGGGAUCAUGACCAGGUGGUACUGGAGCAAUUAAUACUUCGACUGCCAAAAGGGAUGGCGGAGUGGGUCCAGUGCCACCGUCCGGCGUCACUGGAGGAAGCCGUCCGGCUUGCGGCGGUCCACAUGGCGGCGAUCCCGAGGGCGGAAGAACCCUCUACUCUCUCUCCCCUCCCCCUGUGUUUUCCCCUGUCUCAUCCCCUACCCCUCUCUCCUCUUGUUCUGCUCUCUCCCCAGGGCCCGUUCCUGCCCCACACAGGCGAGGAGGACUUCAGCCACCGAGACCAGAUCCCCGGGCAUGGGAGGCAACACCUCCCCCUAUCCCCAUGCCCUGCCGCUCUCCCUCUCAGGUGGGAGCGCCCGCCGACGCAAGUGCGGAUGUGCGAGGACCCGGGCCACUUCUGGGAUCAGUGCCCUCUGAUGGAGCUGGGGACGGCGGUACGGGUCUCCGACCUCCCGCAGGCUGCCCCCGACCGGGCCGGAGCGUACCGGAUACCGUGAGCACGGGGAGAGCGGCAUAAAAGAGCCACACCGCCAGCAGACGUGGAGAGAGAGACUGGCACAAGGAAGGCCACAGUGCUACAGAAGCUGUUGUGAUUAUUGUGUUAUGAAUUUAAAGUGUUUAAGUAACUAUUUGCCUGUGAAGCUGAUGUGUUUAAAUAACUGAGAGACUGUUGAGUUUGUGAAACUGUAAGCAUCAAGGUGGCCAAAUUAAACGCUUACCUGAACCUGGAAACCUCGCUUCCCUGUUCUCCUUUCCACUGAAGAGUGUUACAAACAGAAAGAAAGAAAAUAGGCAUGGGGAUCUGUAGAGGAAGGA